AGCAGUUCUUCACUCUACAGCCCGACACAACAACACACACACAGCUGGUGGCCAGCGCAACAUGGCUCCAUCACUUCUUGCAACGGCAGGAGGACUUCUGUUACUUUUCGCCUUCUCGUCCGCACAAACCCGAGGAGACGGCAUUCAAACAUGCGUCCCGCAGGACGGCUUCGGCAAGUACUGUCCUACUACGUGCGGCGUGACUGAUUACCUUUUGAGGUACAGGCCCUUAGUGGAAAGCGACCUGGACGCUUUGCAAGAAGAGCUGGAAACGAUUGCCAACCUGACUCAAGGGGCAGAAGCAACUAUAACCCACAUGAAAGAUUCUGCCACGUCUGCUCAGAAGAGUUCUCCGCCAGACGCAUACUUCAGAAAGUCAACAAGCAUGUUGGAUGAUGUCCUUCGCUUUGAGAAGACCAUUAUUGUCCAGGAACAGCAAAUGUUUGAACUCCAGUCUUUGCUCGCAUCCUUUGAGAGACAAAUGGCAGACUUGAAACAACUCUCCAUUCAGCUGCAGCAGAAAUGCAGUGAGCCCUGCAAAGAUACUGUUGAGAUCCAACCCACCACAGGAUCAGACUGCCAGGAUAUUGCAAACAAAGGCGCCACUACCAGUGGUCUUUACUACGUGAAGCCAGCGAAGGCGACGGAGCAGUUCCUGGUUUAUUGCGAGAUCGACAGCUUUGGACGCGGUUUCACAGUAAUACAAAGGAGGCGUGACGGCAGCGUGGACUUCAAUAAAGACUGGGUCCAGUACAAGAACGGCUUCGGUUUCCUCUCCCCAGAUGACACCACAGAGUUCUGGCUCGGCAAUGAGAAGCUCCACCUUCUGACUGCCAGCACACAAAUCCCAACUGUGCUGAGGAUAGAGCUUGUUGACUGGGACGGAGUCAAAAAGUACGCCGACUACACCAUGUUCAGAGUCGGGCCGGAGAUCGACAUGUACCGCAUGACCUACGGUUACUACUUCGGUGGCGACGCGGGAGACGCUUUCGACGGCUUUGACUUCGGGGACGACCCCAGCGACAAGUUCUACACGUCACACAACGGCAUGCAGUUCAGUACCCACGACAAGGACAACGACAAGUUUGACGGCAACUGUGCUCAGCAGGAUGGAUCUGGGUGGUGGAUGAACAGAUGUCACGCUGCACAUUUGAACGGAAAAUACUACCAGGGUGGCAGGUACACAGAAAAGGAUGCUGGCGAGUAUGGCUUUGACAACGGCAUUAUUUGGGUCACAUGGCACAGCCGCUGGUACUCCCUGAAAGAGACCACCAUGAAGCUCAUCCCUCUCAGUCGCAUCACCGCAGGAGGUGGACAGCAGGCCGGCGUGAAACAGUUUGGCGGACUUGGAGACGCUUAAAAAGCAUGUUAACAGCCCCCUCGAUCAAAUAAAACCUCACCAUGGAAAACGUACGACUGGUCUUUCUGUGAUGACGCAUGUUUUAGAAAAUCGGCGCCAGGAGCGUGGUGAUGUCCUCAGCUCCCCUUUCACUGUAGUUUGACGCACUGAAUAAAUGUCUUUUCUUUACUAAA